AUGACGGAGUGGACCCUGCUCAAACGUCUCCUGGAUGCAGUCCACCAGCACUCCACCAUGAUUGGUCGCCUGUGGCUCACCGUCAUGGUCAUCUUUCGGCUGCUCAUUGUGGCUGUGGCAACCGAGGACGUGUACACCGAUGAGCAGGAAAUGUUCGUGUGCAACACCUUGCAGCCAGGAUGCUCAACUGUCUGCUAUGACGCAUUUGCACCCAUCUCGCAACCUCGCUUCUGGGUGUUUCACAUCAUCAGCGUCUCAACGCCAUCCCUCUGCUUCAUCAUCUACACAUGGCAUAACCUAUCCAAACUGCCAAACAACACCACCCAAAGGCAGGGACAAGGACUAGGAGAUAUUCCAAGGCAGGGAGGCCCAGAUGCAGGGCGUGAUUGUGGACGGGAAGCAUACGACCGCAGCUGUGACUCGGACAGCUGCUCCAUCCGCUCCCACAAGCAUUUAGGUCAUAGUUUGGCAGAUGUACUGGAAGGCAUCACCAGCCAGACGAGUGCAGAGGGUCAUGUGGUCUCUGGCGGGGUUCUGUCCAAAUGUUACAUCUUUCAUGUGUGUUUGCGUGCUAUUCUGGAGGUGGGGUUUGUCCUGGCCCAGUGGAAGCUGUUUGGCUUCCAGGUGCCUGUCCAUUUCCUUUGUACUUCAGCCCCCUGUAGUCAGCCAGUAGACUGCUACGUCUCCAGGCCCACAGAGAAGACCAUUUUCUUGUGCUUUAUGUUUUGUGUUGGAGUUUUCUGUAUCCUUCUCAACCUGCUGGAGCUCAACCACCUGGGCUGGAAAAAGAUCCGACAGGUGGUGAAGCUGAGGGAGAGGAAAACAUGGGGAGGUUGUCCAGGUUUAAGGGGAGGAUAUGAAACCUUUCCUCCAGACAUCCCUUCGCUAACAUCCUCUUUAGGCUACAGGGACGUGACCAGCACCACUUCUCUCCCCACUUUGGAUCUUGUGGUGGGUCACCAGCCGGACUGGACUUGUGCUGAAAAUUGUGGCAGCAUGAGGAAGCCUGAAGAGGUUAGAGAAAGUAGACAGGAGCAAUCCAAGAGACAGGACUCACAUAGAGGAGAGAAGCAACCUCUGAAGAGCGUGAGGGAGGCCAGAGGGUCCAAGCAGAGGAGUGCUCAGGUCUGGAUCUAG